GCAAACGUCAGCAACUUUCCAGCAAACUCUUCUUCCUCUUGCUCCAGAAAGCAGAGAGGAGACCGUUGGAAGUCUCUCCCUUGCGAGCCAGGGAUGGCCAGCAACGGCACAAAGGGUGGGGUGGUGCUUGAGUGUCACCUACACUCCCGGAGCGAGGGGAGCACCGAAGUCAAGUACCUCUCCCUUGCCUCUCUCCCGGGGACGGUUCUGGAGCUCAAACAACUGGCCCAGGACGAGUUCUCGGUGCCGGCCUGCGCGCAGACGGUGGCGUUCCAGACGGAGGUCCUCACGGACGACGCGGAGCUGGCAUCGCGCCGUCUCAGGAGCGGGGACACCGUGGACAUCUCGUUUCUCUCCCGGGGUGACUGCCGCUCCGUCGAGGAAGUCAAAGCCUGGAUGAAGAAACUCCUGCGGACGUUCGACGACAACUCCCUCUCGGUGGACCAGAGGGACUACCAGGUGGAGGUUGUGGUGUACGACGGGGUCCAGAGCAAUCUCGACUCUACUCUGGGCUACGAUCUGUUUGAGUGGCUCAUCCCCCGAACCAUGGUGAACAAGGCCUACUUUGAGGCCGUGGGUGGCCUCGAUUUGUUACUGCAGCUCUACCAGCGGGUCCUCUCGCGCCCCUGGUCCAGCCUCCGAGUGUACCAGAAGUACCUGGAGAACGUGUGCACGCAGGCGUUUGCCAACUACGGAGAGACAGCCUCGCUGCGGAGGAAGUUGGUGGGGAUGGGUCUGCUGGACCUCUGCUGCAGGUCCCUGCUGCGUGUUCCGAUCCCCUUCAACCAGCCGGUGUCUGAUCCGUCCAGCAAGCCGGCAGAUCAGGAGGUUAACGACUCUCUGUUGAGGGGAGAGCUGGACAAUGCUCUGCAUCUCAUGUGUUGCAUAGCAGAGCUGCCCGAGUGUCAACAGGCCAUAGCGAGCCGAUCAGACGUCAUCUCUCAGACGAUGGCCAUGGCUCUCAGCCCCUCCUACCCGUGUCCAACCAAAGCCCUGGCCUCGGAGGUCUUCCUCUGUCUGGCCCACACCUCCUCCACACACCCGUAUCUCGCCACUGAGCCAGUCAUCUCUGGCAUGCUGAAGGCAAUGGACGACGAGGCUAAGAACCCUGACACCACUCUCAACAGCCUCACUGGACUCAGGUGUUUCACUCUGGUGUGGAUGUCGAUCAUUCUCCUCCACUCGCCGCUCACCUUCCCCCAGAGAAAGCUCCCGCAGAUCACCGACUGCGUGGCUCAGUUCCUAUCAGAGACCACCAUCACCGACAUCCACAAGUACGAGACAGAUAGAGGCACCAUCUGGGCCACCCUCCUCCCCUACGUGAAGCUAUUCUACUUCCCGGCCACCCCGAGUCACCGAGGGAGAGGCAGAGCUGUGGCCGUCCCCACUAGACUCCGCGACGACUGCCUCAGAGUCAUACUCCUCUUCCUCCACUCCAAGAUCUCCAUGGCCAUGUACCACUCCCUCCUACAGCAAGAGGGGCUCCUCGACUUUGUGGUGUGUCUCCCUUGGUACGUCCCGCCCUCCUGUCGGUCCGCUGCCCUGGCGAUGGUCUCGGACCUCCGUACCAGUCUCCCGAGUGUCGGCCCACCGCGGCUCCUCGGUCUCGCCAAGGCACGACUGGCAAAGGAUCGUUUGGGACUCGAGUCAGUUCUAGAGUUAUCUGUCGGAGCCAUUGCAUCGUGCUUUUACACCAUAAAGUGUAGUUGAUGCAUGGAUUUUUGUGUGUUUGUAUGUGUAUUUUUUCACAAGUUUCAA